AUGAAGCUCUCCUUUUCCCUCCCCAAGACUGCAAAGCCAGUCGGUGCAGCACCACCUCUCAAGAAACCGGCAGCGUUUGCAUCCCUCGGUGAUGAUGACCCUGUUGAUGCUGCUCCCACUCUGUCCGACAAUAAGGGUGCAGCAGCGAAUAAAAAGCUAUUAGCUCAGAAUGUCGAAUCUUCGAAGGCCGCGAGGAAACGCAUGGAGCAGGAGAUGAAGGUUGAUGCUACGGUGUAUCAGUAUGACGAAGUUUGGGAUAGGAUGCAAGAGGUCAAGCUCAAGCAGAAAGAGGCCAAAGAGGUUGAUUCCAAACGACGAAAGCCCAAGUACAUCGAAGGCCUUUUAACGUCAGCUGCCACACGACGUCUGGAUCAUUUGCGUGCAGAGGACAAGAUGAUGCAACGAGAACGGGAAGCCGAAGGAGAUGAAUUCGCUGACAAGGAAGCCUUCGUCACUCAGGCAUACAAGGAUCAAAUGGCUGAGGUCCGGAGAGCGGAGGAAGAAGAACGACAGAGAGAAGAGGCUGAGAAAAAGAAACAGAAGGGAGCACCAACCGGCAUGGCCCAUUUCUACCGUAAACUAUUGGAAGACUCAGAGCAACAGCACGAAGAGGCAGUGGCAGCAACAGAGACUAAACGCGUCAUUGGUCCACGAGGGCCUGCUCCGAAUCUAACUAUCACCAAGCCUCCGGAACUGACACCAAAAUCGGACCUUGAGCUUGCGCAAUUAGCUAAAGAACGAGGCAAAGAUGUUGAGCUCAACGACGACAAUCAAAUCGUCGACAAGCGAGAAUUGCUCUCUGCUGGUUUAAAUUUGUCUGCUCCCAACACUCGACGACUUGGGCUCCAGAUCACGAAACAAACUGCCAGCACGAGUGAGGUUCAAGCUCACCAGGCAGUAGGAACAGCAGCAAGCCGGAGAGAAAUCAAUGAACGCCGCGCACGGGAAAUCAGGCAACAACUAGAAGAGGAGCGUGAACGAGUGUCAAAACAGAAAGAGGCACAUGAGGAAGAGGCAAGACAGCGAACAAUAUUAAAACGGAACACACAAGAGGACGUGCAGAAUAUCCGUGCACGUUACCUAGCAAGGAAAAGACAGAAAUUGGAGGAGGAAGCAGUGGCAGCUAGUGGAAGUGACGAUCCGGUAUCAUGAGCGUAGAGAUGGAUCUUCAAGUGCUUAUAUGUCAGUACUACAUACAUACUUGCAACGAUUACCCCUGCCCUACAUAUGACAAUGUCCAAUGCCAAGUCUGAUGUUGAGUUCCAAAUACGUGGCUAAAGAAUAGUAUGCUAUGGAGCGAUGUGACGGCCAUGUAGUGUUUUCCUCAUCGUCGCUUGUAUUCGUUGAAAUUCUUUUAGUACUGAAGCAGCCGAUGGCCGCUUGUCAGGGUUUUCAUGAAGCAUCGGUUCGGCUAGACGCAUAAGUUCGGGCACGUGAAAUUCAGCGAGCUCGCACGCUCUGAAAAUUAGAACCCCUAGUGCCCAUACAUCGAUCAUAAAUGGGUUACUUAGCUGACCAUGUUCAGCUUCUGGUGGGAUCUCC